GUGAGCUGGGGCCCAAGGGGGAUGGGAGUGGCACCAUUUUAUUCCUAUGCGAAAUGCCUUCUGCUCUGCAGUCGAUCAACUUGGCCAUUGAGAUGGACUGUAAAUGACUAUGUGGGUGGUCCUGCCUUGGCCCUUUAACCGUUUGGGGCCUCCAUUAGCCAUCUGUGACAUGGACCAGGUUCUGCCUUUGCAGGUAUGCUCUGCAGCUCCCCAUCUUUCUCCAUGCCACAGUGAGGGCAACACAGAACAACUUAUAGUGAUUUCCUCCUGCCCGUGUAUGGUAAGAACUUGAGGCAACGUACAGCAUGAGGCACACAGGAUUUGAAAAUUAAGGUGGAAGAUCAAAAGACACUUGACUUCCAAAAGAUUAUGAUUUAUCAAUUCUGUGGUAAGGCCUGAGUGCCUGCAUUUUUACCAAGCUCCCCAGAUGAUUCUAUUACACCCUCAAAUUUGAGAACCACUGGUGCGAAGGAAGGAGGAAGGAAAUACACCCAAGAUCUGGGCCACUAUCGCUAUUGUCACUGACCACCAAGAUGACAAAAGGGAAAUAAGAUAGGUUACAUCAUUUUCAUUAUCUGAAAUGAACAAGGGUAUCAGUUUUUCAGGGUAGACAGACAUCUUCAUGGUACUAAUUUCUGAAAGAAAGCCAUUUCCUGCUGCAGCCUGUUACAAAGGACACUAAACAACAUCAUGGAUAAUUUGGGGGCAGGGGAGAUGCUCUGCAUCCCUAAAGGGGGUCUGUGGUGCCGGUCACCCCAGCAGCUGUGGCCCGCCUUGGGGACACCAGGCCCACUCUGUAGCAGGACCUGCUCACCCUCUGAUGCCAUCCUUUUCCACAAUCAACCAGUAGGAGGGGCAUCGCCAGGAGGAAGAGUGGGCUAACUCUGAGGAAAGAGCCAGGCGUGGGGGAUGAGACGUUGCCUGUGCGGUGAGUUUGAAGGUAUCGCUUGGACUGAGUGCCUAGGUGACCAAUAAGGUCACAAGGCAUGAGGCACUUCCCUUCUGUGUGCCCCGAAGUCACAGCUUAGUGACAGGCAGGAGAGAGAGGUAAGAAGAAAACUGGCUAUAGCACCAUCGGAUGCUACAGAAGACCUAAAGCUCCUUUGUGGACAACACAAUUAGGGCAAAUAUUUGCAACAUGCACGGCAAAGGGUUCACAUCACAAAUAUGUAAAGAGCUUUUACAAACAGUAAGAAAAAGGCAGACAUCCCAGUGGAAAAAUAAGCCAGGCAUGUAUCAGGCAGUUCAGAUUACCAACAACAAACACGGGAAAAGAUGUUCAUUCUUACUUGUAAUCGACUACAAGUUAAUAAAUUUAAUUCAAGUUAAAACAAUGAGAUAUCAUCUUUCAAGGAGGAAAAUGGUAAAGCUGAAAAACACAGUGAGCCAGUGUUUGGUGAAAUGUGUGUGGGGUGAGGAGCAGGGGAUUUUGAUAUUUAGUGCUGUUGGGAGUAUUACUGGGACAUUCCUUCCGGAAGAUAAUUUGUCAAGUAUCAAAAACCUUAAAAAUGUACAUAACUUUUUUUUUUUUUUUUUUUGCGGUAAGCGGGCCUCUCACUGUUGUGGCCUCUCCCGUUGCGGAGCACAGGCUCCGGACGCGCAGGCUCAGUGGCCAUGGCUCACGGGCCCAGCCGCUCCACGGCAUGUGGGAUCUUCCCGGACCGGGGCACGAACCCAUGUCCCCUGCAUCGGCAGGCGGAUUCUCAACCACUGCGCCACCAGGGAAGCCCAAAAAUUGGCCAGUUCGCCAUCGUGAAGAAGUGCCGAGAGAAGAGCACGGGGCUGGAGUACGCAGCCAAGUUCAUCAAGAAGCGGCAGAGACAGGCCAGCCGGCGGGGUGUGUGCCGGGAGGAGAUCGAGCGGGAGGUGAGCAUCCUGCGGCAGGUGCUGCAUCCCAACGUCAUCACGCUGCACGACGUCUUCGAGAACCGCACUGACGUGGUGCUCAUCCUCGAGCUAGUGUCUGGAGGAGAGCUCUUCGACUUCCUGGCCCAGAAGGAGUCCCUGAGUGAGGAGGAGGCCACCAGCUUCAUUAAGCAGAUCCUGGAAGGGGUGAACUACCUUCAUGCCAAGAAAAUUGCUCACUUUGAUCUCAAGCCAGAAAACAUUAUGUUGUUGGACAAGAAUAUUCCCAUUCCACACAUCAAGCUGAUUGACUUUGGCCUGGCUCAUGAAAUAGAAGAUGGAGUUGAAUUUAAGAACAUUUUUGGGACGCCAGAAUUUGUUGCUCCAGAAAUUGUGAACUAUGAACCCCUGGGCCUGGAGGCUGACAUGUGGAGCAUCGGUGUCAUCACCUACAUCCUCCUCAGUGGAGCAUCCCCUUUUCUGGGAGACACGAAGCAGGAAACACUGGCAAAUAUCACAGCAGUGAGUUACAACUUUGAUGAGGAGUUCUUCAGCCAGACCAGCGAGCUGGCCAAGGACUUCAUUCGGAAGCUUCUGGUUAAAGAGACCCGGAAACGGCUCACGAUCCAAGAGGCUCUCAGACACCCCUGGAUCACGCCUGUGGACAACCAGCAAGCCCUAGUGCGCAGGGAGUCCCUGGUCAACCUGGAGAACUUCAAGAAGCAAUAUGUCCGCAGGCGGUGGAAGCUCUCCUUCAGCAUCGUCUCCUUGUGUAACCACCUCACCCGCUCCCUGCUGAAGAAGGUGCAACUGAGGCAGAAUGAGGACAUGAGGAAUUGUGAGAGUGACACAGAGGAGGACAUUGCCAAAAGGAAAGCCCUCCAACCCCGGAGGAGGAGCAGUACCUCCUAACCAGCCAGGCUCAAGGUGGCCACCAGGGGGGCCUGGGCCCCGCAGGGCUCCUAUCUAUGCAGACUCUUGGACCCCGCUUGUCGCCAGCACCCAGGCAUUCUGCCUCCCUGAGCACUUGGCAAGAGAGAUGGGCAUGCAGGAUUCAGAAGCAUUUGCAGGGGAGCCAGGAGACCCUGGGAGCUGUGGCUGUCACCUCCUGGGAAUGCAGGAGACUCCAGCAUUCCCAAAGCUCUUAAUUCUCCACAAAACGGGCUUUCACCUGCUGCCAACCUCAGAACCUGGGAUGGGUAUGUGGACCUAAGAAAAUGAUGCAAAUGACCAUCAUCAUCAUGGGUGAAGGUCAGAUUCAGGCAGCUUUUCUCACAGGAUGAGGGAGUUCAGAACCAGCCUGGUCAAAACUUAUACCCAGAAGAGAGAGACCUCCCCCAUGGGAACAUGAUAAGAAGUGAAAUGAAUCUUGGGUUGUGAGGUACCAUCCUGUGACCUCCCAGAACCCACACGGAGUCCACGUGUCAUGCUGGCCAACAUAUCAAACCUUCUAAAGCAGCCCAUUUUCAGCCCACCGUGUUGUAAUUUUUUUCACAUUUAUUAAACUUCUGGUUUACCUGAUGCUCGGCUUCUUUUAGGACUCUCCUGAUCUGAUUUUCUUUAGCUCAGGUGCCUAUGACUGUCGGGGAGCACCUGGGGUGCUGAGUGGAUAGCACCUCCGAGGGUCAUACUGAACCACCCCCUCUGGACUGCAGGGUGCCUACCUUCUACAUCCUUCCCUAAAGGAGUGCAGCCCAAGAAAAUCAGCCCAGAUACCAGCAUAUAAUGCCUGUGCUCCCUCCACUACGAUGACAGUCACCCCUGCUGGUGUGGACUGAGUUGUGUCUCCCAACCUCUGGUACCACUGAGUAUUUGAGAUAAUUAAGGUAAAAUGAGGUCACUGAGGUGGACCCUAAUCCAAUAUGACUGGUGUCCUUAUAAGAAGAAACAUCAGGACACACAGGACCAUAUGAAGAGACAGUGAGAAAGCGACCAUCUACAAGCUAAAGAGAGAGGCCUCAGAAGAAGCCAAUCCUGCCAAGACUCAAUCUCAGACUUCUGGCCUCCAGAAUUAUGAGAAAAUAAGUUUCUGUUGUUUAAGGCACCCAGACUGUGCUUCUUUGUUGAGGCAGCUCUAGAGAACUAAUACACCUGCCAACGAUGGCCAAGAUAGGGGCAGGGGGCUUUAUGAAGAUGUGGUUGGAGAAGGUCAAAGAGGGACCUACAGGGAGAAAGGAGAGGAAAAAACAGAUGGAUUACCUGGACCUUUGAGUGAAGAUGGCAAGAGAACUUUGACAACAUAGAAAUCUGGGCCCUGCUUUCCAGGCCAAAAGAAUGGUGGUGCUGAUCAGAAACCCAAGAGAAGACCCUUGGAAGCCAGAAGUAAAAAGGGUCAGGGUGAGGCACCAACGCUGAGAAAGUACAUGGGAAGAGGUGGGAAGAAAGGGAGAGAAGUUUUGGAAGGUGGGUGAGGGAAAGUGUGCCAGGAAGGAAAGAGGGGAAGAAAAUAAGGGUGGAAAGGAAAGGGCACGGGGAGAAAGGGAGGCAUCCUUUCCCUUUGUCAGCAGCAAGUUUUAAGCACAUUGUGUGAGAGAGUGAAUGAUCCAGGGCAAAAUGGCCCCACAGAAACAGAAAGGCAGUCUAGUUUCAGAAAAGCUUCCAGCCAGAAAUGGAGUGGCCUGCAAGCUUGUUGAAGAAAGCUCUGCCGUUGCCUUGUAGUUCUUGGAUGUCCCAGUUCUCAGGAGGAUCCAGCUCUGUGCCUCCCUCCAGCCUCUGGAGGAUAGCCGAGGCUGAGAACUGCUAACUGUGUUCAGGGCCCCUGGGUCAUGGCUGUGGCUGGUCACAUAGAUCAGCAGGGAAUGUUCUAGAACAAGGGCUCCUGGGCGCUCCUAGGAAGUAAAAUGUGGUAUCGAAUAGGCGGCUGCCCUCCUGCUAGGAAAGAGGGCAGUGAAUGGCUUUGACAAACCCAGUCUUGAGUUUCCAAUCAUGACCAAAGGGUAACCCUUUUGGAACUUGUCUGGCCCAACCACUGCAUUGUACUGAAGAGGAAAUUGAAGCCAAGACAGAGGAAGUGACUACUUCUGCUUCACACAGCAAAUUUGUGAAAAUGUCUGAUGAAAGCCCAGACUUCCUGACUCCUAGUACUGUGCUCAUUUCUUCAGCUUGAUAACUGUGGGAGACCUUUCAGGAAAUGGAUGGACACUUUGCUUUGCGUCAUUUUAAACAUGCUCUCAUCUGUCCUUUACUGUU